AAUAUUAGAAUCUCAAACCCCAAUAAAUAUGGGACUGGAGAUGUCCGAGGCUCAUUCUGCCCUCGAGCCCACCAGGAACGAAAGAGAAGCUCCAUCUGCCCUCCAGGAACCCAGCUAUGAACUCUCUCUCCACAAGCGCCUUCAGACCAGUUGCCUUCUCCCUGGGGCUGCUCCUGGUGAUGCCUGCUGCCUUCCCUGCCCCAGUAACCCUGGGAGAAGAUUCCAAAGAGGUAGCCGCCCCAAACCGACAGCUACUCACCUCCACAGAACGAAUUGACAAACACAUUUGGUACAUCCUCGACGGCAUCUCAGCCUUGAGAAAGGAGAUAUGUAACAAGAGUAACAUGUGUGAAAGCAGCAAAGAGGCACUGGCAGAAAACAACCUGAACCUUCCAAAGAUGGCAGAAAAAGAUGGAUGCUUCCAAUCUGGAUUCAAUGAGGAGACUUGCCUGCUGAAAAUCACCACUGGUCUUUUGGAGUUUGAAGUAUACCUAGAGUACCUCCAGAACAGGUUUGAGAGUAGCAAGGAACAAGCUGGAGCUGUGCAGAUGAGUACAAAAGGCCUGAUCCAGUCACUGCAGAGAAAGGCAAAGAAUCUAAGUGCAAUAGCCACCCCUGACCCAGCCACAAAUGCCAGCCUGCUGACGAAGCUGCAGGCACAGGACCAGUGGCUGCAGGGCGUGACGACGCAUCUCAUCCUGCGCAGCUUUAAGGAGUUCCUGCAGUGCAGUCUGCGGGCUCUGCGGCAAAUGUAGCAUGGGCACCCAAGACCGCUGUUGUUCAUGGGCAUUCCUUCUUCUGGUCAAAAACCUGCCCACUGGGCACAGAACCUAUGUUGUUCUCUAUGGAGAACUAAAAGUAUGAGCAUUAGGACACUAUUUUAAUUAUUUUUAAUUUAUUAAUAUUUAAAUAUGUGAAGCUAAGUUAAUUUAUGUAAGUGAUAUUUAUAUUUUUAUGCAGUACCACUUGAAACAUUUUAUGUAUUAGUUUUGAAAUAAUAACGGAAAGUGGCUAUGCAGUUUGAAUAUCCUCUGUUUCAGAGCCAGAUCAUUUCUUGGAAAGUGUAGGUUUACCUCAAAUAAAUGGCUAACUUAUACAUAUUUUUAAAGAGAUAUUUAUAUUGUAUUUAUAUAAUGGAUAAAUUGUUUUUAUACCAAUAAAUCAUAUUUUAAAAA